AUGGAAUACGAUCAAAUAUCAAAAAUUUAUUUUAAGAAUAAGAAAUUUGUGAUUGAUUUAUCUUCUGUUUCUAAUCCAAUAACUACAUUAUCAUGUAAUUUUAUAAAUAUUAACUUAAUUAAUCAACAUAUAGAUCCUACGUCUUUUUGUAAUCCAUCCACAAUCAUUAAUACAGAUCGAAAUUCGGCAAAUUCAAUGGAUGUUAAUGCAAUUAAUAAGCUAAAUUUAUCUGCCACAGAUAUACAAAUAUUUCUUAAUUUUGUAGAAAACAUAAUUACAUCUGAACCAUCUCAUCGAGGUUAUGUACAUUCAUAUGUUCGUGGUACUUUGAAUAAAAAUUUAUUAUUUUUUAAUAUAGCAGGUAACUACAGAUAUUGUCCAAAAAAAAAGGUCAUCAUCGACGUAAUACUUUAGCUAUCAUGAUAAAUACUAAACAUUAUACAUACUGUAUUCAUUGUAAAGAUAUUGAAUGUAAUAAUGCUAUCUUAUCGUGGAAAAAAAUUAAUUGAUUUUAUUUAUUUUAUUCACAAACGCUUUAUUAAUUAAUAUACAAAAUUUUUAUUCACUAAUAAAUACUAAAUUUAUAUGUCUAUUUUUACAGUGCCUAAUCAUAGAAGAAAGCACAUUUAUCUCACAUACUUGUUUCUCUCUUCGUUUGUCUUCUCUACUUUGUUUAGUAAUUUUUUUUACCGACUAUUCACCUACUAUUCAAUUAGUUUUUUUCUUACAUAUUAUAAAAUGCUUAAUCCAAUAUGAUACGUAAGUGUCAAUAUUCACAAACUGUUCUCCCUCUUCAUCACAUGAUUAUCAGAAUAUUAUUAUUAAAAAAAGUUUCGAAAAUUUACGCAUUGAUUUAUAUGCUUAUUUUUACAGAUUAAUAGGAGAAUGAAAUAAUCAAGUGAACAAUAUAUUGAUUAAUAUAUAUGACAAAAAAACUUCUAACUAAAAUUAUAAUUUAUAAAGCCUAAAUUUAAUAAAUAAAUAACAAAAAAAGUAUAAUUAACGAUACGCUUCUUCUACCAUCAAUUACGUUCGAAAGAAUAAGAUAUCUUUAUAUGUCUUACUUAUCUUGCUACUUAUUAAUUGAUUCGACUUAUUCUUUUCAUUUUUUUUAAAUAUUAUGGCACACAUUAUUCAUCAAUUUUGAUUUUAAAAAAAUUUUAUUGAUGAAAUAUCGAAUAAUUGCUAUGGUUGAUUUAUUUUAUACUCUUUUCUUAUCUUAUGAAUCUUCAUUUCAAUUUCGUCAUUCUGACGUGAAUUUUUCAAUUGUUUCAUGGUUCAUUUUAAUUUAUAAAAAAAAGUUGUCUAAGAACGAAAGAAUAAAGAUAAGAUAUUAAAUUUAAUAAAAAACAUAUCUUAUUUUCUGAGCACUCUUUAGAAUUGCAAAUUAGGAGGGUGUGGGUGUGGGUGUGGGUGUGGGUGUGGGUGUGGGUGUGGGUGUGGGGUGUGGGUGUGGGGUGUGGGUGUGGGUGUGGGUGUGGG